AUGGACAAAUCAUGGAUGAUGGAAAAUAGGAUGUCUAGAGAAUAUGACGUAGGAGUUGAAAGUUUUAUUCAUUUUGGUUUGUCUCAUGCCAAAGGUUCUAAUUCGAUAAGACGUCCAUGUUUGAAAUGCGGGAAUCGUUUACUUAAGGAUGUCUCAAUAGUUCGGUAUCAUUUGUAUGCCAAUGGAAUUGAUAAAAGUUACAAGAUAUGGUUAUGGCAUGGUGAAGAUUUGAACUCAAAGACCGUUAGCAAUAAAAUGGAAAAUACAGUCGAUGAAAAAUAUGAACACGACAAUUUAUUUAAUACAGUAAACAUGUUUCAAUCCGCUCAUGACGAAUCUUGUAAUACAUCCAAUACUUUUGAUACUAUGUUUGAUGAUGCAAAGAAAUCCUUAUAUCCAGAAUGUAAGAAAUUCACGAAGUUGUCAGCCCUCAUGAGAUUCUACAACUUAAAGGUUAGAUAUGGUUGGAGUAACACUAGCUUCUCAGAAUUGUUGUUCAUAAUAAGUGAUCUCCUAUCUAACAACAACGAAAUACCAACUUCUUUAUACGAAGCGAAGAAAACACUAGGUGCCUUAGAACUGAGUUACCAAAAAAUUAAUGCAUGUCCUAAUGAUUAUUGUUUGUAUAGAAAAGAGUAUGCGAACUCUACAAAGUGUCCUAAGUGUGGUUUGUCAAGGUGGAAGAUCAAUAAAAACUCAACAAAGGAAAACAGUGAAGUGGCUGCCGAGCAGAUGUGGUAUUUUCCAAUAGUUCCAAGAUUUAUAAGAAUGUUUAAGAACUUAGAGAAUGCUAAGAACUUGCGUUGGCAUGCGAUGGAUAGAAAAGUUAAUGGUAUUAUGAGACAUUCGGCUGACACUCCAUCAUGGAGGUUGAUAAAUCACAUGUGGCCAACAUUUGGGUCAGAACCAAGAAAUGCUCGUUUAGGUUUGUCCACUGGUGGAAUUAACCCAUUUGGAGAUUUAUCGUCGAAUUAUAGUUGUUGGCCAAUUAUUACUACAAUAUACAAUCUUCCACCAUGGUUGUGUAUGAGAAGGAAACAUUUGAUGUUGACAAUGUUAAUAUCAGGUCUGAAGCAAUCGGGAUAUGAUAUCAACACCUAUUUAGCACCCUUAAUUGAGGAUUUCAAAAUUUUAUGGGAAGAAGGGGUUCAGUGUUUUGAUGCGUAUAAAGAAGAAUAUUUCACUUUGUGA